GCCCCGCUGCCUCCUGGGCUCGAGCGGGACAUGGUGCUGUCUGAGCUGGCAGCGCGCCUCAACUGCGCCGAGUACAAGAACUGGGUGAAGGCGGGCCACUGCCUGCUGCUGCUGCGCGGCUGUCUGCAGGGUUUCGUCGCCCGCGAGGUGGUCGCCUUCCACCGCGGCCUGCUCGCCGCCGCCCCCAACCUGGGCCCCCGCGCCACCUGCUGCAGCGGCUCUCGGUGCAGCCCGCGCGCUCGUCAGUUUCAGCCUCAGUGUCAGGUAUGCGCAGAGUGGAAACAGGAGAUUUUGAAACACCACACCAACAGGAAUGGAGACGUCCACUGGGGAAACUGCCGACCGGGCCGGUGGCCCGUCGACGCCUGGGAGGUGGCCAAGGCCUUCAUGCCCCGAGGACUGGCAGACAAAACAGGCCCUGAGGAAUGUGAUGCCGUUGCCCUUUUAAGCCUCAUCAACUCCUGUGAUCACUUCAUGAUUGAUCGAAAGAAAGUCACAGAGGUGAUUAGAUGUCGUAAUGAGAUCAUGCAUUCUUCAGAGAUGAAAGUGUCUUCUCUGUGGCUUCGAGAUUUUCAGAUGAAGAUCCAAAAUUUUCUGAAUGAAUUCAAGAAUAUUCCAGAGAUUGUGGCAGCCUACGCCAGAAUAGAACAGCUGUUGACAUCUGACUGGGCUGUUCACAUCCCUGCAGAAGAUCAGCUAGAUGGAUGUGAAUAUGAAACAGGAGUUUACCUGAGUGAGAGCCAAGUAAAUGAAAUAGAAAUGGAAUUACUAAAGGAGAAACUUCAAGAGAUCUAUCUUCAAGCACAAGAACAAGACGUGUUGCCUGAAGAGAUCUUAAAUCGACUGGAAGUAGUGAAAGAAUUUCUGAGAAACAAUGAGGAUCUUAGAAAUGGUCUUACCGAAGAUAUACAGAAGCUAGACAACCUCCAUCUACAGCAUCAAAAACCAAGUUCAAAGGAACCUGGGGCAGAGACACCUGAAGGGAAGGCCUGAGGCUGCCCUUUGACAAAACCCAGGCAUGUUAUGUGAAGGUCGGCAUGGCUUCAAUCUCAGCCCUUCUUUUCUGUGCAAAAGGAAAAACUUAACAGAGUGCACCACCCAAACAAAAAGGAAUUUUUGUUGUCUUUUCUUGGACUUUCCUUUGACUCUUUGGGAAUAUUUUUUUUAAUAUUCGUAAGCUUGGUGUUGUGUUAUCUGUAACCCACCAAAAAAUGUUAGAUACUGUUGUGCCAAAACUUGCUGUCACCCAGGGUUUUUUUUUUUUUUUUUCUUUUGUUUGUUUUGGUUUAUUGGUUUUGCGGGAAGGUUUUUGCUAUUCUUUUCUGAUCCUAAACUUAAGCUGCUUAACACAGUAAAGGCUAUUUGGCCAGCCCUGGGCGAAGGGUCACAAAGAGUUCUCUGCCAGCUGGCACACAAGCCCUAUCCCUACCCCCUUCCUAAAAAAAGUCUCGCUUACGAGGGGUGCCCAAGGGGCAGGCUGUGAUGUAAAUCCUUCCUUUUUGAAAGAAGGCAAGAAAAGAGAUUGCCCAUUUUCUAGCCAUUUCCAAUUUAGUACAGAACUGUUGCUACCUAUUUCUGGUAGCCCCGGGCACUAGGGCAAGGAGGUGGGCCCAGGCUGGUCAGUGGGGACCAGAGAACACAGUGACUUGAUUGACCAAAGCAGGCAGAAGGCCCAUGCCAGUCUCACAAACGGGAAUGUCGGGGAUAGCUUCACAGUUACUGACCUGUUUAUGGUACUCCUGGGAAAAGUCAACUCCCGUGGCAAUCCCCUCUUUCCGCUCAUUAAUAUCCUGAGUGCACAGGGUCUAGCCCUCAUGUGCUCCAUGAAUAUUUGUUGACCGAAGGAUCCACAGAUCGCUUAUUCAUACACAUGAAUGUUAGACCAUUAACUAAACCAACCUGGUCCUUUGUUAUGAGAUUUAAGGGUGAAAUACCAACAUUCUUUUAGAAAUUCAAAGGCAUCAUUUUUCUUUCAGCAGAUUGACAGAUUCAUUUGUACUUCCUCUAUCCCCAAAAGUCAUCUACUUCUGACUUUAUCCUGUCUGUUUCCUAAACUGCAAAACCACUGUCCAGUCAUAUGCAGUGGUCCAGGGGAUCAGCCUCACCCUUCCCUACCUCUGCUCCUGUUCAAAGCCAGCAGUGCCUAACUGGGCCAUGUCACCUCUGGACCUUUAGGAACAGAAUUGCCUCAUUCCCCGCUUCCUGGAGGAGAUGCUUCCACUCCAACCCCAAAUGAAGCCAUCCUCCUUUGCUUACUGAGCUGCCCAUCAAGGAUGUGACCCUGUAGGGGCACCUGGGUGGCUUAGUUAAGUGUCCGACUCUUGAUUUUGACUCAGGUCAUGAUCUUGUGGUUCGUGGGUUGGAGCCCCACACUGGGCCCCACGCUGACAACUGAUAGUGUGGAGCCUGCUUACAAUUCUCUCUCCCCCCUUCCUUGCUAGCGCACGCUGUCUCAAAAUAAAUAAACAUUAAAAAAAAAAAAAAAAAGGAUGUGGUCUCUAGAGAAUGGGGAGAGGGUGAGGUGUAUUUGGUAUAUUUUUAUAUUAAAAUGAGUGUAAUAUAAUGCUGUAAACCCUGGAUAAAUACAAACGUGCCUGUAACUUAACUAUUUGGUCUUGAAUCAUACAUUUUCUUUCUCCCUUCAUUUCAUGCAGCUCCUUUAGAAGACAUCAACAGUAAAGUAAGAAUUUUCAUUCAUCUCACAACUAUCCCCAAACCGAGAAGUUUGCUGAAACAUUUCCUAGCUUCUAGAUACAAGGUACAAGAGUUGGGAUCAAAUUAAAUUUUGAGUCCCUAACCAAUUUAAGACCUGAUUUCUAACUUUAGGAACUUAGGGUUAUGAACACUUUCAUUUCAUGCCCCUUGUAUCUAGUUAGCUUUUCCUUCUCUCUCCAACAUUUAUCACGUGUUAGCCACGGGUCAGGCCCUGGAAUAGAUGCAAAUGUGAGGAUUCAUAGGGUGUGGACAAUGGUAUACAUGGUGUCCUCUCUGGAUUUAUUGUCUGCUCUGAUAAAUUCAAGAUACUGUUCAGAAAAACAUUAUGCUGGCAACGUUUAAUUACACUGAAAUUGAAGAAAGGAAGACAUGCCCAGAGAGAGCUUUAAAGCAAAUGUAGCGUGUACAGGGACAUCAACCUGUGGGCCUCUCUACGGAUCUGUGCGCGCGGCACAGGAUGUGCACAAAAGGGCGCUCACAGCAGCGUUGGCAGCCAGCCAUCGAGAUGACGGGUUAAAUCCCAGCACAUCCAUGCUACAGAGCAUUAUGCAGUUGCUAAGAAGUAUAAACUAAUGCUGCAAUGCAGUAACGUGGAAUGCUCUCGAACACCUACUAAAUAGAAAAGCAGAAUGUUUAACAAUGCGUGGCAUGCUGUUAAACUAUUUGUAUCUUUCAACAAAAGGUCUUGAAAGUUGUGUGCUUUUCCCAAGCUCUUUUGCAGUGUUAGCUCUGUGAAAGGAACUGGGGUUGAGUGGGGGAGUUAGAAAUCUGGCUUUCCUGCUCUUCGCAUACCCCUGCAUGAAAUUUUUGCAACAAACAUGGACUCCUGGUAUUUUGAAAGUUUUUAAGUACAGUUUUUCAUUUCAAGACAAUAAAGAGGCGUAAACAAUA